UUGAUUGUGGAGUCACAGAUGAAGGUUGUGCUGCUCUGGCUUCAGUUCUGAGAUCAAACCCCUCACACCUGAGAGAACUGGAUCUGAUUGGGAAUAAUCUAGGACAAUCAGGAGUGAAGUUGCUCUCUGAUUUGAAGUAUGAUCGACAUUAUAAACUGAAGGAACUAUACUAUUGACUCUCAGUAUUUAGACGUCAGUCCAGUUUCCUCAGGAUCAGCUGAUGGUGAAUAAGGAGCUACAGAGACUGAAGACACAGAGAUACACAGCAAUCUGUGACUUCACACCAGUUUCUUGUUUUUAUCUUUUUGUUGGUCUGUUAUUCUCAAUUACAGUUUCCCACAAUGAUCUAUUACAGGACCUGAACUUAUACAAGAACUUUUCUAAUUUAAUACUCAAUUUUAUAUGCAAUGGCCCAUGAAAAUAAGUGCUGAAAGUCACCAUAAGCAGUUUGUAAUUGUUCUGGAUACACUAGAUAUUGAUUACAAUGAUGGUGUAACACUCAUUAUACACUACAGGAAGUGACGAAACUAAAACACUCAUAUUUUAAUCAACAAGCCAUAAACAUUGUGAAUAAGCGAUUUAUUGUACAAUAAAGACAGCUUACUUUAUUAUAAUGGGAGAAUGUGAUUCACCAGAAGGAGAUACAGGAUAAGAAAUCCUUGUAGGUCUCAUAGAUCAAUCAAAAUCCGUGUCAAUGGUUCAAUAGAUUAACUUGUAGUUUAAAAAAGUAUAGAAAUUUGUUAUCUCCUAAAUACAUAAAGAUCAUUAUGAAUGACUGGACAUCUCUAACAUUUUUCCACUGUGUUUGGAGUUUUCAGACGGUCCCUUACGCUCCAUGGAGAAUAUCCUGUGAAUAUUGACCUAAAACUAACUUUACCGCGCAAGAAAUUUGCCGUGCUAUACUGUAAGCUAACAUUAUACGAAGCGAAUACAUGCAAUCAUUUAUUCAGGGACAAAUGCACAAAACGUGCACCGCCGUGACGUAUAUAUGGGGUGUGAGAUUGAGCGCGAAACGUUACAUCAUCAUCGCUCGCGUCACAAAUAAAAAGUGAAAUUAAAUGCGCAGAGUUGAUGUUUCACCAUUUAAACAACCAUAAUCGAUUCUACAGGAAUAUCAACGUUUUUUACAGUAAACUUUAUAAAAGCCAAGUCAUUAAUUUACGUGUAGAUACUUGGUAGAAAAGGUGCAGGCUGUUUUAUAAUCGGUAAUUAAGUGUUGCUCAAGAGUCAGUGGUGAAGAUCAGAUUCUGUUUCAGCUGUUCAGCUUCAUCAUGGAUGAGGAUGACACACAAACAUCCAGGGAUGAAGAUUUUUCUCCAGGAUGCAGUUCAGUUCAUCAGAAGAGAUCAGAACCAGAGCCCAGCUGUGUGUCUGUGAGGAGUGAUGCAUCUAUGGUUUGGCCAAUAUAUUUUAAGAGUGGAGAUACACAGACUGAUCUCAGUUCAGUUCAUCAGAAGAGAUCAGAACCAGAGCCCAGCUGUGUGUCUGUGAGGAGUGAUGCAUCUAUGGUUUGGCCAAUAUAUUUUAAGAGUGGAGAUACACAGACUGAUCUCAGUUCAGUUCAUCAGAAGAGAUCAGAACCAGAGCCCAGCUGUGUGUCUAUAAGGAGUGAUGCGUCUCUGGAUCGGCCAAUAUAUUUUAAGAGUGGAGAUACACAGACUGAUCUCAGUUCAUUUCAUCAGAAGAGAUCAGAACCAGAGCCCAGCUGUGUGUCUAUGAGGAGUGACGAGUCUAUAGAUAAUAUAAUAGAUUUUGAGAGUGGAGAUACACGGACUGAUAGCCAUGAAGUCCUCAACAGGUUUAGAUCAAAUCUGAUGAAGAAGUUUGAGUGUCUGUAUGAGGGAACAGCACAGCAGGGAAACCCAACACUCCUGAAUGAGAUCUACACAGAGCUCUACAUCACAGAGAGUGAGAGUGGAGAGAUCAGUAAUGAGCAUGAGGUGAGACAGAUUGAGACACAAUCCAGGAGAGCAGAAACAGAGGACACACCGAUCCAAUGCAAUGACAUCUUUAGACCUUUACCUGGACAAGACAAACCCAUCAGAACUGUGCUGACAAAGGGAGUCGCUGGCAUUGGAAAAACAGUCUCUGCGCAGAAGUUCAUCCUGGACUGGGCUGAAGGGAAAGAGAAUCAGGAUGUCCAGCUCAUAUUUCCACUUCCUUUCAGAGAGCUCAAUUUGAUGAAGGACAAAACACUUAGUCUUUCAGAUCUUCUUCAUGUCUUUUUCCCUGAAACAAAAGAAAUGGAAAUAUCCAGUGACAAAUAUAAAGUGUUGUUCAUCUUUGAUGGUCUGGACGAGUGUCGUCUGUCUCUGGAUUUUCAGAGCGACGUGAGGUUGUGUGAUGUAAGUGAAUCAGCCUCAGUGGACGUGCUGCUGAUGAACCUCAUUACAGGGAAUCUGCUUCCCUCUGCUCUCAUCUGGAUCACCUCCAGACCAGCAGCAGCUGAUCUCGUCCCCUCUGAGUGUGUCCAUCGAGUGACAGAGGUACGAGGCUUCAAUGAGCCACAGAAGGAGGAAUACUUCAGGAAGAGAAUCAGUGAUCAGAGUCUGGCCAAUACAAUCAUCACACACCUGAAGUCAUCAAGGAGCCUCGACAUCAUGUGCCACAUCCCAGUGUUCUGCUGGAUCUCAGCCACUGUUCUAGAGAAGAUGCUGAGCGAAGCAGAAAGCGGAGAGAUUCCCAAGACUCUCACUCAAAUGUACACACACUUCCUGAUCCUUCAGACCAACAUCAAACAUGAGAAGGACUAUGAGAAGAAGGUGACAGAUGAAGACAUGAUUCUCAAACUGGGGAAAGUGGCUCUUCAGCAGCUUGUGAAAGGCAAUGCGAUCUUCUAUGAGGAAGACCUGAGAGAGUGUGGCAUUGAUGUGACAGAAGCAUCAGUGUACUCAGGAUUGUGCACUCAGAUCUUCAGAGAGGAGUUUGGCUGGUUUCAGGGGAAAGUCUUCUGCUUUGUUCAUCUGAGCGUUCAGGAACAUCUAGCAGCUCUAUAUGUGCACCUCUCCUGUACAAACAACAACAGAAAUGUGUUUGACCAAAUCACCAAACAGAAUUUGCGGUCUAAAGUUAAGGACUGGUUUCAACACAAUUCAUCAGAACAUGUUUCAUUAUCUGAGCUGCAUCAGAGAGCUGUGAAUGAGGCUCUACAGAGUAAAAAUGGACAUCUGGACCUUUUCCUGCGGUUUCUUCUGGGUCUGUCAGUGGAGUCUCAUCAGAUUCUCCUACAAGGACUAAUGAAACAGACAAGAAGCAGAUCUGACAGCAAUGAGAAAACAGUUGAGUACAUCAAGAAGAAGAUCAGGACCAUUGAGUCUCCAGAGAAAUCCAUCAAUCUGUUCAACUGUCUGAAUGAACUGGGUGAUCAUUCACUAGUGGAGGAAAUACAACAGUAUCUGAAAUCUGAAAGAAUAAAGGAAACCAAUCUCUCUUCAUCUCAGUGGUCAGCUGUAGCUUUUGUGUUGUUGACAUCAGAGAAGAAGCUGGAUGAGUUUGAUAUUAAUAAAUUUGUUGGAGGAAACAAGAAAGCUGAAACUCUGAAAGUUUUUCAGAAGCUGCUGCCUGUGAUUAAAGAAUCCAGAUCAGUCGAUUUGAGUGAAUGUAGUUUCACAGAUGAAGGUUGUGCUGCUCUGACUUCAGCUCUGAGAUCAAACCCCUCACACCUGAGAGAACUGGAUCUGUCAUGGAAUAAAAUAAGAAAAUCUGUGCAUCUGCUGUCUGAUGUACUACAGGAUCCUCACUGUAAACUGGAGAAACUGUGGUUGAGGGAUUGUGGAGUCACAGAUGAAGGUUGUUCUGCUCUGACUUCAGCUCUGAGAUCAAACCCCUCACACCUGAGACAACUGCGUCUGUCAGGGAAUAAAAUAGGAAAAUCAGUGAAUCUGCUGUCUGAUGUACUACAGGAUCCUCACUGUAAACUGGAGAAACUGGAGUUGAUUGAUUGUGGAGUCACAGAUGAAGGUUGUGCUGCUCUGAGUUCAGCUCUGAGAUCAAACCCCUCACACCUGAGACAACUGGAUCUGUCUAGGAAUAAAAUAGGAAAAUCAGUGAAUCUACUGUCUGAUGUACUACAGGAUCCUCACUGUAAACUGGAGAAACUGUGGUUGAGUGAUUGUAAUCUCACAGAUGAAGGUUGUGCUGCUCUGGCUUCAGCUCUGAGAUCAAACCCCUCACACCUGAGAGAACUGAAUCUGUCAUGGAAUAAAAUAGGACAAUCUGUGCAUCUGCUGUCUGAUGUACUACAGGAUCCUCACUGUAAACUGGAGAAACUAGAUUUACAUCUGUCACACCUGAUUCAACUCAUGAGCUCAUUAGUAGAGACAGGGCUGCUGCUCCUCCAGGACAGGUUGAGAUAUUGUGAUCUCACAGAUGAAGGUUGUGCUGCUCUGACUUCAGCUCUGAGAUCAAACCCCUCACACCUGAGAGAACUGAGUCUGUCUGGGAAUAAAAUAGGACAAUCAGUGAAUCUGCUGUCUGAUGUACUACAGGAUCCUGACUGUAAACUGGAGAUACUGUGGUUGAGUGAUUGUCGUGUCACAGAUGAAGGUUGUGCUGCUCUGGCUUCAGCUCUGAGAUCAAACCCCUCACACCUGAGAGAACUGAAUCUGUCUGAGAAUGAACUAGGACAAUCAGGAGUGAAGUUUCUCUCUGAUCUGAAGGAUGAUCCACAUUAUAAACUGAAGGAACUAAAACAUUGACUCUCAGUAUUUUGACGUCAGUCCAGUUUCCUCAGGAUCAGCUGAUGGUGAAUAAGGAGCUACAGAGACUGAAGACACAGAGAUACACAGCGAUCACACUGACAUGUGUGUGUGACUUCACACCAGUUUCUCGUUUUUAUCUUUUUGUGGGUCUGUUAUUCUCAAUUAGUUUCCCACAAUGAACUUUUCUAACUUCUGUAAUUUAAUAUUCGAUUUUAUAUGCAAUGGCCCAUGAAAAUAAGUGCUGAAAGUCACUAUAAGCAGUUCAUAAUAUUUCUGGAUACACUAGAUAUUGAUUACAUUGAUGGUGUAACACUCAAUAUACACUGUAAGAAGUGAUGAAACUAAAACACUCAUAUUUUAAUCAACAAGCCAUAAACAUUGUGAAUAAGAGAUUUAUUGUGCAAUAUAGACAGCUUAGUUUAUUAUACCGGGAGAAUCUGAUUAAUUUACCAGUAUAACUUAAUUUUUUUUUAUUACUUUCAGUAAAUUCAGAAAAGAGUCUGACUACAGAGAUAGAUGAUAUAAAUGUGUCUACCAGAUGCUGUCUAUCAGUAGAAGUCCACAAAGAUUUUACUGAAAAUGUAUGUUUGUAAAAUACUUUUAACCUAUUUUUUAAUAUGAUUGUAUUAAAGUUUCCAUCUAAAACUUCA